AUGAACCCCCCUCCUCAGUGGAACUCUGCUCACCUGAAUCUGCCUGCAGGUGGCCCUGCAGCUCCGCUGAAUAUCCCUCUCCAGCCCAACCCAGCACCACACAUACAGGCCUUAAACCCGGUUGCAUUCUUCCAGCAGUACCAGCAAUUUGUUCAUGACUUCACUGUGAAUACCCCUGGUGCUGUACCCCCUACACUAGAUCAGUUCCACCAGUAA